ACCCUCACCUUUAGCGGACAGCAUUGAGCAAACUAGCGCUCCACGGUUUCUAUGGCAUCGCUAACUCAGCUCCCGGUAGAGCUUAUCGAACAAAUUAUCAGCGUCUGCGACUUUGGUGGACUCAAGGCGCUCAGACUGGUCAACAAGCCGCUAAGUAACCUGGCUACGCCUCUUGUCUUCAAACACCUCUACCUUGGCUUCUUUCAGCGACACCUUGUCCAUCUCGUUCAUCUCGUGGCCAGCCCGUUGGCUAAGUACGUAAAGAAGGUUACAUUAUUCUCAGAUGUAAUACCUUCCUGGUCUUACGAUCAAUGGCUCCCACAUAUCGACUACCGACCCGGCUAUCGCGAGUGGUGCAUAGACGUUGGGCUCAGUCCCGAUGACCGCAUUGGAGUUCACGAUCCGCUUGAAAGCAGGCUGGACGGCAUACCAAGCUCUGCACCAAGAGCAGCAGAGUUGGCGUCAUGCUACAGAGAGCAGAGUGUUCCAAGCCGCUUUUGCUCUGCUACCUAACGUGGAGCAGGCAGCGCUAAAGUGCGCUGUUCCCUUCGAAGGGAGGACGAACCUUUGGCCCGUCUGGAAAACGUUACGACGGGAGACGCUCGUGGGGCCUGACGAUUGGAUGUUCACCCACGCUGCACACGACAGUCUGAUUGACACACCUGAGUCCGACUACAAGCAUGGUGGAGCUGCUCUCUGCCUGCUUCAAGCGAUCGGAUAUCGAGGGCAAUUCUCGGGUACUCACCAUAUCACCGAGCUCGAAAUGCAUAUCACCCACAAGCGAGCCUAUAGACAGAUCCUAAGCGAUAGUCUUGUGCCGGAUCCGCGAGCGACGCUACACAUAAUCGAUGCGGCAUUUCUUCAUUUGACCAAGCUAAGACUAGUACGACCUCAUGCAGCCGACAGUGAGCUUGUCAGCGACGGCACUGCAGCGCUGGAAACAAAAGACCAACUUCUGUUUGCGAGGAAUCUUAAACGUUUGGAUCUCACCUUCAAUGAUGCCACUACUGUGUCCGCGGACCGCACUGGCACGAUUGCUCCGCUACAUCAUAUUUUCAAUGUUCUCGGUGGUGGCCCGUAUUGGUCCGGGCUUGCCCAACUCAACCUAUCCACUAAUGUCGAACCCAAGGCAUUCAUCGCCUUCCUCAAUAGUCACGCGGAUACACUGAAGUAUCUGGAGUUAAGAGACAUGGCUGUCAACGAUGUCCCGGCAGUGCUUACGGCCAUCCCCGCAAUCCUUGCACUGAAACGUGUCUAUUUAGAAUGUGUGUGGCACUGGAAUGAGGAGACUGACUCCAUGACAUGCCUUUUUGAACAAGGAAGCGAUGUGUCUGCAGAGUUCGAGCGCAGUACCAGGGCCUGGCUGCUCAGGGAGCAGAACUUGCGACCAGAUUUUGAGGCCAACCUCUUCCACGAGGACGCGGCUGGUGACGACGGCCAAACUACUGGGGGUGUCGUUGACGAUGAUUAGAAGGGUAGUAGCGAUGAGGUCGCAUGAAUCGCUAGGGAACGGAGCCUUCAUAGCGGUUACAUGUGCCGGUUAGAGGUCAUGAUCGCUAAGGUGGAACAGUCUUGUCUCAGCGACUGCGCGAGCUCGACGUGCCACUCGACCUCAACAUUCACAAGG